CCACUUUGACCUCGGUCCGUAGCAAGGUGUGCGUGGUCGUGAUGGGAAGUUCGGCUCUUUUUACGGACUCGGAUCUUUUCGACUCGUUCGGUCAAAAUGAGGAAUCGUUGGACUCUCCGGAGGUGCUGAGCCGGAGGAGCGUGUAGGACAGGUUAUCAGUCCUGCUGUAGGCUGGGAGUCAUUGCGCAACGUUGCCUCUUAGCAGGUCAAACGAACGACUAAGAUGAACGAGUGGCGAUUCACGACUCUCGAGUCGGUAAAGACAGUCGUUGAAAUGGAAUGAAUCGUUUUCGAAAUGCACAUCGGGGAGCAGAGGUGAUACAGAGGUGUCACCGUUUGUCUUUACUGUAUCAGUUAUCCUGUUAUAGAGCUGCAGAAUCCACUGCGCUGUUUCCGGCGCCACGUUUAUGGCCAUGUCGCAUCAGUGUGUCGGAGGGCAUGGGACAGAUGUGUGUAAUGUCGGGUUAAACCCCACCGAAGAAGAACUGCGCAUCACCAGCGCAGAUAUUUCACCGGAUGUGUAAAUGUGAAGCAUCCGUUUGGGGUUUCCACGGUAGUGAGAGGAAGCCCAGUGUCCGGCAGUGGGAGAAGAUGGAACGAUAUGGAUUUUGGCACAUUUUCUCAUCGAUUAAACAUUUGAUCUCAAUACCAUGUUCUGUUCCAAAAAACUAGAAUAUGUUACGAACAUUUUACCAGUUGCUAAAGUGAAUUUAGUGUUGUUUGGAAGAGAGUGCAAAGAAUAGGCGUUCCCUAACUGAAAUAUGCAAAUAUGUGUGCUAGAACGCGCCAAUAGAAUCGCUCUGCCCACAAUGACUAAUUUGUUCCUGUUUGAAACGAAAGGCUGUGAUCUAUCUUGGUCUAGUUAUAAGUAUCUGUGUCACUAGCGUGAGGUUCAACGUGCAAAGCGUCAGAAGAAAAUAACGGCAGAAGCAUGAAGCCCCGACAGAAGUUGUUAAACUCAGUAGACCGCUGUGUAGACGAGGCCUUGGAAGGCAUUGUCUCUAGCUCUGGAUGUCUCUCUCUGCUGAGGGGCCACAGGGUGGUGGUCAGGGCUGAUCUGGAGGCCCUCAAGGGCCGAGUGGCCCUGCUGUCUGGAGGGGGGUCUGGACACGAGCCAGCACACGCAGGGUACAUAGGUAGCGGUAUGCUAUCAGCAGCGGUUGCAGGUGGUGUCUUUGCCUCCCCCUCCCCCGGCCAGUGUUCUAGCGGCCAUUUUGUGUCUAAGUGACGCGGGGUGUCGGGAGUUCUACUCAUCGUUAAGAACUACACCGGCGACCGCCUCAUCGGCCUCGCUGCGGAACAGGCCCGUAACCGCGGCGUCGCAGUCGAAAUGGUGAUUGUCGCCGACGACUGUGCUUUCGAUCAACCCAGUAAGGCCGGGAGGAGGGGUCUGUGUGGGACGGUGUUCGUUCACAAGCUUGCUGGGGCUCUGGCUGAAGAAGGUUGUUCAUUGGACGAGAUCGUCUCCAAGGUGACAGAGGCAGUGAAGGGCAUUGGUACUCUGGGGUCUGGGGUCAGCUUGUCUCCCUGCAGUGUUCCAGGCUGUCUGCCUUCCUUUGACCUGCCUGCUGGAGAGAUGGAGCUGGGACUGGGUAUCCAUGGUGAGCCUGGCAUUAAGAGGUCGAAGGUGACCUCGGCGGAUGAGGUGGUGAAGACCAUGGUAGACCAUAUGACCAACCCUGCCAGCCAAUCACAUCUGUCUCUGAAGUCAGGUGACAGUGUGGUUCUGUGUGUCAACAACCUUGGCGCUCUGUCUUGUCUAGAGAUAUCUGUUGUUACUAGAUCUGCUAUACGCUACCUGGAGGGUCGUGGGGUGCGGGUUGCCCGGGUGAUGUCGGGGUCAUUUAUGACAUCACUGGAAAUGGCGGGAGUGUCUCUGUCAAUGAUGAGAGCAGACCAGGAGAUACUCCGACUGUUUGAUGCCAAGACCACAGCCUCUGCCUGGCCCAACCUCAGUACUGUGUGUAUCAGUGGGACAAGUUACAUUCUGACCCUCCAGCGAAAGACAUGCAAGAGACCUCACACACAGAAGGUAGGUCCUCUCAGUGAUGUGAUGCGGAAGGCUCUAGAAGCGGUGUGCUCUUCCCUUCUUCAACGCCAAGAGGAACUAAACUCACUGGACAGGGCAUCCGGGGACGGAGAUUGCGGGAACACUCAUGCCCAAGCUGCCAAAGCCAUUCAGGAGUGGCUUCCGAGUCACAUUGUUCCUGGGUGCCCGGGGCAACUACUGUCCACUCUCGCCGGAUUGGUGCAGGAGAGAAUGGGCGGGUCUUCAGGAGCGUUAUACAGUUUGUUCCUGACGGCAGCUGCUGCUCUUCUGAAGGACCGCAGCGACCCCGCAGCCUGGGCCAACGCUAUGCAUGCUGGGACAGACGCUAUGAGAUGGUAUGGAGGAGCUGAUCCUGGAGACAGGACUAUGUUGGAUGCUCUGUGUCCGGCAGUGGAGGAACUGAGGAGACUGACAACAUCGCCACCUGGUGGUCACAUGGCCAUUCUGCAGGCUGCUGUGGAGAAAGCUGAACUGGGGGCGGAGUCUACCCGUGACCUCACAGCCAGGGCGGGGAGAGCCAGCUACAUCGCCACAGUACACGUGACCCUUCCUGACCCUGGUGCCGUGGCGAUAGCUGCCAUCUUGAGAGCAGUGUUCGAAGCCCUGGGAGGACAGAAGUGAUGACGGAGGGACGGACGGACGUUGUUGUUGUCAUCAUUACAGCUGUUAUACAUGGUGAUCUGUUUGAAAAUGGGAUAUUAUAUGAUAAUGUGAAAAGCAAUGUAUGGUGCCGUCAAAUCAUAUUAUCCAUGACGUAGAAUCAUGAAUCUGACAAUGGAUGAUGUCAUAAUGUAAAUCUGAUAACUAUGGAGUCUUAACCAGGGAAUCAUAGCAAUGAGGAGUCUUUUAUAACCAUAGCAAUUAAAAAAAAUGUUUACCUUUAUUUAACCAGUCAAGUCAGUUAAGAACACAUUCUUAUUUUCAAUGACGGCCUGGGAACAGUGGGUUAACUGCCUGUUCAGGGGCAGAACGACAGAUUUGUACCUUGUCAGCUCGGGGGUUUGAACUCGCAACCUUCCGGUUACAAGUCCAAAGCUCUAACCACUAGGCUACCCUGCCGCCCCAUGAGGAAUGUAAUGGCAAGCGACGCUGUUAGUGAGUCUAACGUGUUGCCCAGCAACAGCCCCAAAACAUCACUGCUCUAGAGGAGAUCUGCAUGGAGGAAUGGGCCAAAAUACCAGCAACAGUGUGUGAAAACCUUGUGAAGACUUACAGAAAACGUUUGACCUCUGUCAUUGCCGACAAAGGGUAUAUAACAAAGUAUUGAGAUAAACUAUUGUUAUUGACCAAAUACUUAUUUUCCACCAUCAUUUGCAAAUUAAUUUAUUAAAAAUCCUACAAUGUGA